AACAGCUGUCCCUCCCUUUUCAUCCCUCCAUCUCUCUGUGUCUCUGUUUCUCUCUCUCUCCCUCUUCAAGCUCGGACCAAAUGGCUCAUCAAAUGGAUGGUUUCUCGGGUCCUAAUCUUCUGCCGCCAGUGCUGCCUCCGUUGCAGGAGGAGCAGCAGGUCGUUGCGGAAGAGGGGUACCACGGCCAUGUGGAGGAGGUUCGUGGCCAUGGCCACGGCGGCGCCGGCGGGCAGGGGAAGCUCCGCGCGAGGGGCCACUGGCGGCCCGCCGAGGACGCCAAGCUCAAGGAGCUCGUGGCGCAGCACGGCCCUCAGAACUGGAACCUCAUCGCCGAGAAGCUCGACGGCAGAUCAGGGAAGAGCUGUCGGCUGCGGUGGUUCAACCAACUUGACCCGCGGAUCAACCGGCGGGCGUUCUCGGAGGAGGAGGAGGAGCGACUGCUGGCGGCGCACCGCGCGUACGGCAACAAGUGGGCGCUCAUCUCCCGCCUCUACCCCGGCCGCACCGACAACGCCGUAAAGAACCACUGGCACGUCCUCAUGGCGCGCAAGCAGCGCGAGCAGUCCGGCGUGCUCCGACGACGCAAGCCCUCCUCCUCCUCGUCGAUCCGCGCACCGCUGCACUUCGCACCCGUCGUCGUCCUCCACCACCACCACCACGGCUCUCCUUCCCUGCCGUUCGACACCGCCGGCGCGCACGCACAGCACGUCGUUCCCGCGGCGGCAGCGACCACCCGUGCGUACAGCGGCGGCGAGUCCGCAUCCACCUGCACCACCGAUCUCUCCCUCGGCUCCGCCGGCACAGCUGUCCCCUGUUUCUACCAGAGUUACGACAUGGUCCCGCGCGCCGCCGCGCCCAAGCCGGCCGCGUUCGCGCUGGGCGCGCGCCCAGCCUUCUCUGCCCCGUCACCAGCGUGGCACCGGGCGGCGACCUCCGGCGACAAGCUUGCCCUGCCCUUCUUCGACUUCCUCGGCGUCGGCGCGACGUGACCAGAGUCUCGGAGGCUGUGCACAGGAGUAGAGGAGAGUAAUCGAAGAUCAAAGACUUUGUGAUAUCCAAAAGCAAUAUUUUUCCUGCCCAAGGGCCUCAAACAUGACAAUCUGACGUGGCUAAUGUCCCUCCUGGUAAUGUCGUGGACAUGGGAGUCUUUCAUUCCAGGAGGAACUACAAUUUCUGCAUCUGUUUUAAGGUAUCAGAUGAGCUCGACAUACAUCUCACUCCCAGCUUAAACACUGAUCAGUCUCUGUUUUCUCGUGCAGCUGCUCCGUUCUUGCAGCUGGGGAGUCCGUCAGGUUCGACGACGCGCCGCCGCUGCCGUAGCUGCCUCGCCUGCCUGCCUGAGAGCGUCAAGGCUUCCAUAUUUGUCUGCUGAGUUUUGAGCCGUGAGGCUGUGGAUGAUCCGGUGCAAUGGUUCAGGGAACAGAUGGAACUACGCUUUUGAUGUUCAUGUCUGAACGCCAGACUCUGCUUUCGCUUUUGGACCUAGCUAGCUGCUACCACUUGCUAAUCUACUCCCUUAACUGGAUCUUUAUCUCCAAGAGUUAGUUAUCUGCAUUGAAAUAUGCAGAGUUAUCUGCAAAGGAAACAAUAGAAGAGAUAGGACUGAGAAAAGCUACUAGAGCAGAGGAUCACCAAAUUUUUAAAUGGUUUAUUCUAAUCUUUUCACCAAAUGCAUAUCAAAUCAAC